CCCUUGCUUCUCUUCUCUAUCAUUCUACAACUUCUUCAAAAAUGGCAUCCAUAACAAAUCACCUGCUUACAUUCAUUCUUGCUGGAAUCCUCGCCGGAGCUCUGCCGGGGCCUAUAUCGGCACAGAACUGUGGUUGUGCAUCAGAUAUGUGUUGCAGCCAAUAUGGGUAUUGUGGCACUACCGAUGCAUAUUGUGGGUCAGGCUGCCAAGAGGGUCCUUGUUUUGCGACACCGAGUCCUAGCAAUGUCUCGGUGUCAGACAUUGUCACGCAGGCUUUCUUCGAUGGGAUAAUUGGUGAAGCCGAUGCAAGUUGUGCCGGAAAGAGUUUCUACACUCGAUCUUUGUUCCUUGAGGCACUUAAUUUGUACCCUCUUUUUGGAAGGGAUGGUUCGGUUGAUGAUUCUAAGCGCGAAAUCGCUGCUUUCUUUGCGCAUGUCACGCAUGAGACUGGACAUUUUUGCUACAUAGAAGAGAUAGAUGGUGCCUCAAAGGACUACUGUGAUGAGAAUAAUACACAGUAUCCCUGUGUAGCUGGGAAGGGUUACUAUGGAAGAGGCCCACUUCAACUAUCAUGGAACUACAAUUAUGGUCCUGCCGGAAAGAGCAUUGGCUUUGAUGGACUCAACAAUCCAGAAAUUGUUGCGACAGAUGCAGCUGUGUCGUUCAAGACCGCCUUGUGGUAUUGGAUGAACAAAGUUCACUCUAUCAUAGUUUCUGGCCAAGGCUUUGGUGAAACAAUCCGAGCCAUCAACGGUGCACUUGAAUGCGAUGGUGGAAACACAAAUACAGUCAAUGCUCGUGUUGAGUACUACCAAGAAUACUGCAACCAACUUGGUGUUGCGCCUGGCGAUAAUCUUUAUUGUUAAAAAGUUAUUAUUUAUUUUUUUUGUUAUAAAUUUAUGGGUACAUGUUUUUAAAAGUAAUAAAGAGUAGGAACCAUCCAAGUUAGGGCUUUAUUCAAGCAUUAACUUAUUUGGCAUGUAAUAGUACAACUAACACAAUAUUGAAGGGCUUUUGAGAACUUAUUUUGAUACUUGAUCAAGGACGAAAUAAUUGGUAUCAACUCAUAUGUAUUCUUUCAUCAAAGGCUAUAUAUGUCUGCUCUUUUUUUUUUUUUUUCCUUAUUAAAUUGAAUAAUACUUUGAUGUUGUUCGAUGGGGAAGAAAUUUGUUUCUCUAUUUACUUCAUAAAAUUUCAUUACAAAAAUAGCAUGCUUUUUAUAGGCAAUACAA